CCUGCCUAGUUCCGUUCCGGGCAUCACCACCUAGCAAGGGAUUUGAAGUGGAAAAGCCACCCUAGGAGUGGAAUGCUCGGCUGGCGUCACGCGCAGGCAGGGUGUGUGUGCAUUCUAGGCCCCACGGCCAUAUAUACGAUGGUCUCCUAGCCACUUGGCCCGUCUGGAGUCUGGACGACUUUUCCCUUAUCAAGCACUACCCGGGCCCCAGUUCUCCAUCCGCAAGGCUUGUCAACCCUGCAGUGCAGCAAGUGGAUUACAACUUGCUUGUCUUCGAGUCCGCAGCGCAUCGACCUCCCGGCCUUGUCCCGCAUCCCUCGUUGUUGACCAACAGCCCAAACCUAACUGGCCUCGCGCCGCAGAACAAAAAACACUUUAAGAACCAUGAAGGACCCCGUUGUCAGAACCGCUUCUCCCUACAUCGAUCCCUCUGUCAAAGGACCUCGCUCGCAGCAACUCUCUUCUGAACAUCCCACAAACAUCCGCAAAAUGAUUUCCAAUACCGUCAACAAGACCGGCCUCCACCCGAGCGGUGUGCAGCCCCAACAUGAACACACUGAGCUAGAGGAGGAGCUCCACGAGAAGGCCCACAUCGACUAUGACAGAGUCGCUAUCAUUCCCAACCCCUCAGUGGCGGCCCUCUACGAGGACGCAUUGGUGUACGAGACGGGCACGGCCAUCACAUCGAGCGGCGCCUUGACCGCGUACUCGGGCAAGAAGACCGGGCGGUCGCCGCUAGACAAGCGUAUCGUCAAGGAGCCGACGUCCGAAAACGAUAUCUGGUGGGGCCCUGUGAACAAGCCGAUGACUCCCGAGGUGUGGAAAAUCAACCGCGAGCGCGCCAUUGACUACCUCAACACGCGGAAUCGCAUCUACGUCGUCGACGGCUACGCGGGAUGGGACGAGAAGUAUCGCAUCCGCGUGCGCGUCGUCUGCGCCCGCGCCUACCAUGCUCUCUUCAUGCGCAACAUGCUCAUCCGCCCGCCCCGUGAGGAGCUCGAGCACUUCCACCCCGACUACACCAUCUACAAUGCCGGCUCCUUCCCUGCCAACCGCUACACCGAGAGCAUGACCUCGGGCACCUCGGUCGCCAUCAACUUCGCCGAGAAGGAGAUGGUCAUCCUGGGCACCGAGUAUGCCGGCGAGAUGAAGAAGGGCGUCUUCACCGUCAUGUUCUACGAGGGUCCCAUCAAGCACAACAUCCUGACCCUGCACUCGUCCGCGAACGAGGGCCAGGACGGCGACGUAACCCUCUUCUUCGGCCUUUCAGGAACCGGCAAGACCACCUUGUCAGCUGACCCCAACCGCCGCCUCAUCGGUGACGACGAGCACUGCUGGAGCGACCGUGGCGUAUUCAACAUUGAGGGCGGCUGCUAUGCCAAGACCAUUGGCCUGUCGGCCGAGAAGGAGCCUGAUAUCUUUGGCGCCAUCCGCUACGGCUCGGUCCUCGAGAACGUCGUCUUCGACCAGGACACGCGCGAUGUCGACUACGACGACUCCACGCUGACCGAGAACACGCGGUGCGCGUACCCGAUCGAGUACAUCAGCAACGCCAAGAUCCCGUGUCUCUCGCCCAGCCACCCGUCCAACAUCAUCCUACUCACCUGCGACGCCAGGGGUGUGCUACCGCCCAUCUCCAAGCUGAACAGCGCCCAGACCAUGUUCCACUUCAUCAGCGGCUACACCUCCAAGAUGGCCGGCACCGAGGACGGCAUCCUGGAGCCCCAGGCCACCUUCUCGUCGUGCUUCGCCCAGCCCUUCCUCGCGCUGCACCCCAUGCGCUACGCCAAGAUGCUCGCCGACAAGAUGGAGAACCACAACACCAACGCGUGGCUGCUCAACACGGGCUGGGUCGGCGCCGGCUUCGCCCACGGCGGCAAGCGCUGCCCGCUCAAGUACACGCGCGCCAUCCUCGACGCCAUCCACAGCGGCGAGCUGGCCAAGGUCGAGUACGAGAACUACGAGGUCUUCAACCUCUCGGUGCCCCAGACCUGCCCCAACGUGCCCGCCGAGCUCCUCAACCCCAAGAAGGCCUGGACCGCCGGCAGCGACAGCUUCAACAAGGAGGUCACCAAGCUCGGCUCCCUUUUCCUCGAGAACUUCAAGAAGUACUCGAGCGAGGCCACCGAGGACGUCAUCAAGGCCGGCCCCGUCGUAUAAAGCCAUGUCACGACCCCACAACGAAUCAUUUGCGGCUUUUCUUCUUUUCUAAUGAUAAGAGAAAAGAGAAAUAAUGCGCCAAGAUCCGAUUCCUAUUGUGCUCUUAGCCGAACGCCCUACCCGUCGCUCUAGCAGAUGAAAUAGUCGACGAAAGAUGAAAAUCACCCCCUUUUCUUUCAAGACACGUCGUGCUGCGAAUCAGCAUUGCAUGCAUUGCCUCUAGGCGCUCUUUCUUUUUUUUUUUUUUUUUUU